AUGUAUGGUUGUUAUGCAGAAAAUGUAUAUAAGGAAUACUGCACGGGUUUUCAGUUUCCUUUUCAAUUCGUGCUAAAUAAGACUGAGGACUCAAAACAGACUCUAAAACAAGGACUUCCUAAUCCCAGCGCACUUCUCAGUUCUUUCAACAUGAGUACUUCUACCAGACGCGCGGCAGGCUCUUCUUCUUCUAGCGGAAAACAUGUAACAGCUAAUUUCAAUCCAACCAGUAGCAGUGCGAAAAGGAUUCAGAAAGAACUUGCUGAGAUCAGUCUCGAUCCUCCCUGUAACUGCAGUGCCGGUCCAAAAGGUGACAAUUUGUACGAAUGGGUGUCUACCAUCACAGGCCCUGCCGGUUCUCCUUACGAUGGUGGAAUUUUCUUCUUGGAUAUUACUUUCCCACAAGAUUAUCCAUUUAAGCCUCCUAAGAUCGUCUAUCGCACCCGUAUCUAUCAUUGCAACAUCAAUUCAUCGGGACAAAUCUGUCUUGACAUUCUCAAGGACAAUUGGUCUCCGGCCUUGACGAUUUCCAAAGUCUUGUUGUCAAUAUGCUCGUUGUUGACUGAUGCUAAUCCGCAUGAUCCUUUAGUCGGAAGUAUUGCACAUCAAUAUUUGCAUAACCGUGAGGAACAUGAUAGGGUUGCUAAAGAAUGGACUAAACGGUACGAGGCUACGCGUCUUGACUUGUCAGCCAUUCCACAGUGA